GGGAGAGCAAAAAGACCAAAAAAGAAACGCUUUUACGUCGGUCGUGAAUAUUUUCUCCCUGCGUACAGAAGAAGCCCGUGUCCAGUGGAAAAGCGCACACUGCGAGGGCGCCGGGAGUUUACACACGAUGGUGGAGGAGAGCGAAAGGACACGACUUGGAAGAGAGGGUUGGAGGCAGAAAUGGCUGAAACACUAUUCACCGCAUCAUCAGAUACUGCUGGUGGGUGAAGGAGACUUCUCUUUCUCGUCCAGUUUGGCCUCGGCUUUCGGCUCCGCCUCCAAUGUCACCGCCACUUCCCGUGAUCUUUUUGAUGCCUUGAUCAGGAAGUAUAAGAAAGCAAAAUCAAAUCUUUGGAAGUUAGAGAAGCUGGGAGCUUCCCUGUUGUAUGAGGUGGAUGCCACCAAAAUGAAACAUGUUGCAGAUUUGAGUAUGCGGAAGUUUGAUCGAAUCAUCUUCAACUUCCCUCAUGCGGGGUUCCAUGGAAAGGAAGACAACGUGCAGUUGAUCAAAAUGCAUAGGAUGCUUAUGAAUGGCUUCUUUCGCAACGCGAGCCAAAUGCUUCGUGCUGAUGGGGAAGUACACGUAAGCCACAAGACCGAUGCUCCAUAUUGCCAUUGGAAUCUGGAGGAACUUGCAUCUUCGAAUAAUCUGGGAUUGAUCGAUCAGACAGCUUUUGAAAGCAAGAAUUAUCCAGGAUAUCACCACAAGCGCGGAAAUGGUGGGAGAUGUGAUGAACUCUUUCCUCUGGGGCCUUGCAGUACCUUCAAGUUCAGGCUCUACCCUGGAGCUAGGAAAGUGUUGAGAGAGUUGAGGACGCACAACAGUGUAAUUCAUGGAGAAUAUCGGCAAAUUAAUGUAAGUCCAGUUCAGAUGCCUGUAGAGUUCCCACCAAUUUAUGAGAGAUCAGUUCAGGUGCAUGGUGGAUCUGAGCGAAUUUAUGAGAACUUGGUCCAGACACAGGAGCUGUCGCUGCCACUCUCAUCUGGUCCCUUUCUGUCAAUGACCCAUGUCCUUUACCCAGGAAUAGACAUAUAGAGUUGGAAAUGAAUCCCAGGAACAAAUAUGGAGGGAUUAGUGCUUAUCACCGAAACAUCAUGGAGGAGAUACCACAAAGAACAUGUUAUGAUAAUGUGGGGUUUCCCUUCGUCCCUCUGCCUGGUCUUGCCUCUGAACAACAUUAUGCAGAUGCAGAAAGAACAUCUGUUGGUGACCUGCAAUGGCGGGAGAACUUGAGGAGGCUCAUACAUUCUUUUGGAAAGCAGUGAAUGGAUGGCACUUCCCUUCUGAAUGCAGGCUACGCAGAAGAAUCUCGACGCUGGCAAGGGGUAGAAUAUUUUGGAAUCUGUUUUCAUACGGAGGUUAUGCAGAUGUAUCUCAGUGCUGGUAAAUGGUAGAAUCCUUUGAACUCUGUUUUUGUAUGGGCUUGAAAGUUCCGAAUUUCUUAUGAUGCCUCCAAGUUCGCAUGUUUAAGCUGAGGUCAAGGCCUGGACAGAUUUCUGUGUUUAAAUAAUUAUCAGAGCAAUUUCAAGCCCUGUUCUCCAACUAGAGCAAAGAAUGUCCAUGGGUGUUAAACUGCCCCCUUUUUUUUAAGGUUUGGGACAAAUGGGUGACUUUGAACUCCGGUAUCUUGACUUUUGCGAACCAAUCUUUAUUUUACUAUGAUUGGCCUUUCUUUUGAUUUAUCCUACUUCUGAACAGGCUACUUUUGUAUGUCAAAAGGUUAAGGAUUCAACAUUUUAAUCCAGGGUGUUUGAUGCCACUUCAAAGUUAAGCUAACUAAUUUUACGGUA